AUGAAGGCCUGGCUUCGCGACGCGGCAGAUCACGAAGGCCCGGCCGAAGAAGAUUCCCGGACUUUCUCCCAACUCAUGAGGCACCUGGGCUGGACACCCAAGAAGCUGGGCUGGUUCCACUACCCUUCCUUCCGUCCCUUGUGGGAAUCAGCAGGCCAGAGAUGCCAAACAGCUUUUCUGGACCAGCGCAGAGUGGGCAGGGAGCUCUACGAACGAGGAGGGCGCGAUUGCAUGCAAUUCCAUUACUAUGCCCUGCACUAUGCCAUGUGCGGCGACUCCGUCCUUCGCGGCAUCAACAAGCCCCUGCCUGUCUACGGUCAAACGGAAAUGUACCCGAGCAACCGCCGCCGAUGGGCCGAUGUCGAGGACGAGGAGGAACAGGGGACCGGAUGGUGUUUCAACUUCGAGGCGUUCAAGAGGCAAUACCUGGCAACGCAGUGUUCCUUGACGCUGAAGACGCCAGCCACCGCCCCAGAACUGCAUUCGACCACAGUAAUGCAAGCACCUGCCGUCCUAUGA